AUAUUUUUUUUAUUUGCAGCCGAAAAAUGGCUACUAAUUAUGUCAAAUAUGCUCAGUUAAUCAAUGCAUCGACGAACUAUGCCCGUCGUAUGAAAAGAUUAUCCAAUAGAAUUUUUGGAGAGGUAGCCAUUCCUACAAACUCAAAAUCAAUGAAAGUUGUUAAGAUAUUUUCUUCACGGCCAUUACAUACUAACGAGGAGAUCAUACAUUACUAUCCACGUCAUGUGGAAACUCAUGCCCUCAUGUUAAAAUUGCGCGAGUAUGGCCUCUUCCGUGAUGAGCAUCAAGAUUUCAAAGAGGAAAUGAAACGACUGCGGGAACUUCGUGGCAAAGUAAAAGUUUGGCGAAGAAAAUUAGAGCAGAAAAAAGAAUAA